AAAGCUGGUGUACUUUUGGUUGCAUACCCAAAAGUGAAUUUCUGCUUAUUUCAAACUAUCGUUGCCAUAGAAACGUUUUAAAUUCAAUGUAUACAAGAAAUUGUCAAAAUGUUUGCCUCAAAUGUGAUUAUAAAUGAUGGUGAUUUUACAAAAACUAUCUAUACAAUGAUUAAAGAAAACCACUAUGCUGAUGCGAUUAAGGUAUUACAUGGAAUACCUGAAUCUAACUCAUCUCGAGCUGGGUUAAGUCUUUUAGCUUAUUGCUAUUUUUACACACAAGACUUUUCAAAUGCUGCUACAUAUUAUGAACAAUUAGUACAAAUGAUGCCCGAAAACAACGACUACAAACUAUUUCAUGCUCAAUCUUUGUAUCAAGUGUGUCUAUAUGAUGAAGCUUUUAAGGUUACCGAAAGCAUUUCUGAUGAAGAUUACAGGCAAAAGGUAACUAAAUUACAAGCUGCUAUUAAAUAUGGCCAAGAAGAUAAUAUUUCUGCUAGAAAUUUAGUUGAAAGUUGUUCUCCUGAAGAUCCUGAUACAGAAGUUAACUUAGGAUGUUUACUAUACAAAGAAGAAAAUUUCGAAGAUGCUUUAACCAAAUUUUCAACGGCACUUCAAAACAUCGGUUUUAAACCAUAUCUUAGCUACAACGUAGCCCUUUGUCACUAUAGAUUAAAAGAAUACGGUCCUGCAUUAAAAUAUUGCGCUGAAAUAAUCGAAAGAGGUAUACGAGAUCACCCUGAAUUAAGUGUAGGGAUGCAAACUGAAGGGAUUGAAGUGCGUUCGGUAGGAAAUACAUUGACUUUACAUGAAACUGCUUUAACUGAAGCUUUCAAUUUGAAAGCUGCUAUUGAGUAUCAAUUAAAAAAUAUUGAAGCAGCCCGAGAAGCGCUAACAGAUAUGCCGCCAAGAGCUGAAUACGAAUUAGAUGCCGUAACAUUGCAUAAUCAAGCUUUAAUGAAUGUUGAACAAAAUCCAGUAGAAGCAUUUGAGAAACUCCAAUUUCUUCUCCAACAAAAUCCGUUUCCCCCAGAAACUUUUGCUAAUUUAUUAUUAUUGUUUUGUCAAUAUGAAUGUUACGAUUUAGCCGCUGAUAUUUUGGCGGAAAAUGCUCAUUUAACAUACAAAUAUCUCACUCCGUACCUCUAUGAUUUCCUGGAUGCAAUAAUAACUCAACAAACAUCUCCUGGUGAAGCCUAUCAAAAACUUGACGAUUUAUCUAAUCGCCAUACGGAACAAUUACGCAAAUUAACCAAACAAGUUCAAGAGCAUAGAAACAGCGGUGACACCGAUUUGGUAAAGAAAACCGUGCUCGAGUACGAAGCUUGUUUAGAAAGAUACAUUCCAGUUCUAAUGUCUCAAGCUAAAAUUUAUUGGGAAGUCGAAAAUUAUGCACAAGUUGAAAAAAUAUUUAGGAAAAGCGUUGAGUUUUGCAACGACAACGAUAUUUGGCGGUUAAAUGUCGCUCACGUUUUGUUUAUGCAAGAAAAUAAGUUUAAGGAAGCUACAGGAUUUUAUGAACCGAUUGUUAAAAAAAAUUAUUCAGAUAUUUUAAAUGUAAGCGCAAUCGUUUUGGCUAAUUUAUGCGUUUCUUAUAUUAUGACGUCUCAAAACGAAGAAGCUGAAGAGUUGAUGAGAGCCAUUGAGAAAGAGGAGGACCAAUUAGCUUUCGAAGAACCCGAUAAAAAAUAUUUUCAUCUUUGUAUUGUUAAUUUAGUUAUAGGGACUUUGUAUUGUUCUAAAGGUAACUAUGAAUUUGGUAUUUCAAGAAUUAUGAAAUCUUUAGAACCUUAUAAUAAAAAGUUAGGAACUGAUACUUGGUACUAUACGAAACGAUGUUUUUUAAAUUUAAUUGAGAAUUUGGCUAAGCACAUGAUAGUACUUAGAGAUGGAAUUAUUGAAGAAUGUAUCCAAUUUUUGGAAAAUUGCGAAUUGUAUGGAAAGAACGUUAAAACAAUCGCUUAUUCUCCAUUUUCCGAAGAAAUCGACCAAUUCAACGGUCAACAAACCGUAACUUACGAAGCGAGAUUGUUAAAAACGCUUCUCUUAAAACUACAAGAUUAUUAAUUCGAAACUUAAUCUAGAUUUAAUUAGCGAUUAUUUUAAAAAUAAAGAAUGACGAAGAUAUUAUUUAUUGCGUGAAAA